AGAACCCUCACUGCCGGCUGUCCCUGCUAGCUUCCUCUGCUCUGUGCAGUUUCACAGCUGCAUAUCACAGAUGUCCUCAUGAUGCUACACUCGUUUGCCAGGGCUUCAGUGAGAUUGCCACAGCUAUAAGAUGUCGAUGGUGUUGUUUGCCUCUGUGGUUCGGGUUGGGGAUGGCCUGCCUCUCUCUGCGUCCACUGACUAUGAGCAGGACAAAGAGCUUCAGGAAACCAAGAGGCACCUCAAAGGCCUCUCCAAGAAACUCAGCCAGUUCCCUGACCGCUGCACACUUAAGACUGGACCAUACAAUGUCAAUUUCACAAGCUCACUGGGUGUUGGAUACCUGAUGGUGUGCACCGCAAACUAUCCCAACGUGCUGGCCUUCUGCUUCCUGGACGAGCUGCAGAAGGAGUUUAUUGUCACCUAUGACACCAAACGAAUCAGCAGCGCUGUGCGGCCAUACUCCUUUAUUGAAUUUGACACCUUCAUCCAGAAGACCAAACAGCGCUACAACAGCCCACGUUCCCUGUCCACCAAGAUCAACCUGGCUGACAUGCAGACAGAGAUCAAGCUGCGACCGCCCUACCAGCUCUCCCCGGAGGACCUGCGGGCUAUCAAUGGAUUCUCAGUGCACACGCCCUCUAAAUACAAGGGCAUAGCUCCCACACAGAUGUUGGAGCCAGUGACUCUCCCAGGCAUCGUGUCCUGUGUGCUCAGUGUCCUCUGUGGAGGCCUGAACCUGCUGCGAGGAGUCCACGCUAUAGAGAGCAUACUGCAGAAUGACGAUGAAGACUUUAAUUAUGUGAUUGCCUUCUUCCUCGGCACAGCAGCCUGUCUGUAUCAGUGCUACCUGUUCGCCUACUUCUCUGUGUGGAGGAACAGUAAGUCCUUCCUGGCGUUUGCACUCAUCUGUCUGUCCAACAUGUAUCUGUAUGAACUGAGAAACAUGUGGCAGAUCCUCUUCCAUGUGGCAGUGGGGGCCUUCAUGACCCUUCAGAUCAGACUGAGGCAACCGCUGGGAAAAGCGCCAGACUACAAUGUCUGACAAAGACUGAAAACACAAAGGACAGUCAGACCUUCAGUCAGAUGUCUCGCAUGUGCCCUGGAAAUGCAGGAGACGGCUCUGGACGGCAUGCGGACAAAGUGGAAACACACAAGGAAAAACAACAGAACAAUCCUCCCAGUUCAAAGAAGAAGAAACCAAAAAUGUUCCAGCGCCUCAGUGGUCCUGUUCACUACACCCCAGCACCAGAGGACAGUGACAGAGCUCAGUGUGGACGUGGAGGAAACUCUGCUGCAGCCCCAGUCCUCUCUGGAACGUGUUGGAUCGAUUUUGGGAGUUGUCUGCUCUCCACCAUUGUCUGAUAAAGAUAUUUACUUUUGCUUCCUUUAAAUGCAGCCACAGUAUAGGUCAUGCAUCCUGCAUAUGUACAGUUUUUUAAACACAUACCCUCCUGCACCAACUAAGUAUCAGAACCAGCCUGUUCUGUAUCACAUGCAGCCCCACUUAUAACCACAUGCUAUACUACACUCACUCUGUUUGAGGCGCUCCAGUUGCUACUGGGAAUGUAUUGUUCAAAUACGAUACCUUCCAGUACCAGAGCUCCAGCACCAACACCAAAAUUUUAAUACCGUACUGUGAGUGAUUUAAUACAUUUUUUCAUUUAAGAAUUUCAGUUUAACGAAGAAAUUAACGAUAAAGAUCACUAGACUGCCUGGACUGGACAUUAGUCUCAAGCUCUUCUAGUUUUUUUUAGUUUUUCUCCUCUCUCCCUUUCCCAUCACCCACUCACAUCCAGUUUAUUUAAUAAUAAGAUUAAAUACAAUAACUGUAUUUUGUACCUGCUAUGUAGCCAUGUGUAUGUGACCCAGUACAGGACUCUGGUUUAGGUCUUGGUUUAAAACUAUGCAAUGCAGUGCUAUAUGUUUGGCCCCUGUCUCAGUUUCUGGUGUGUUCUGUAUUCAGGAGCCAAUCAUUUGCAGAUAUUUGUCGUUUCAUGUCGAGUUCAUUUUGCUAUUUAUUUCCUGAUUGAUUGUUCCACAGCAUGUGGUCGAUGAAGAUUUAUACUGAUUUUAUUGGUUUCAUUUGUUGUUUUAUGAUAUCUCCUUUUUUUUUUUUUUUACAUGCAGACUGGUGUCUAGUUGUCACAAAGUAACUCCUGUUCCAGUAGACACAAACAGCCUGUUAGCAUUCAUACCCUACUUCCUCGCCCACACAGCCUGAAGCAUAUGCCGGUGUCAAGUGACUAUGUUAAUAAACAGGUCUGUGUUGGCAGCAGUAAAGAUGCGUUGCUGUGUUGUCGUGGCCAGAGGCAGCCCACAUCAUCUGAGCAGCCUCCGGUGUGCUUUUCCUCCCACCGAGCCCCUCUGUUCAGACGUGGUUGCGACUGCCACUUAUGAAGAGAAAAACUCAGUCCCUCACCCCCUGCCUUUGUAAUGGAUAUUAGCACAGCGUUCACUUUUAACAUAAUUACAGUCAGGAGAUGCCACAUUCAUUGCUAUUAGGCAGUGUGAGAUUUGUUCAGAAAAUUCUGGGAAGAUUUCCUGCUUCCUGCACCAUCCCAACAAAUAAUAGCAAACAAAUGGAAAAGGGUAGAGAAUUGAGUCAUGCCUUUAUUGUUCAUUGUUCAUGAGUAGCUCAACAGUUGUGCCAAGAUUGUCAUAACAUUUUUUUUUUUUUUUUUAAACCAUUCUUUCACUCACUGGAAGAAGUUAAAAGUGAAAAUGAAAUGGAGUAUAGCCAUGCAGCUCCGCUCCACGUCCAUCUGGCAUCUGCACUACGGAUCUGUCGAGGGACCGCUGCAACACUUCAGCCUCAGAUGAUUCAUCUCUGCAUGCUCCGAAUGUUCGCUGCUUUCCAACAGCGGUACCACACCUACAUGACCUAAUAGCUCUUUUCACAAUAUGGCUCGGAUUUGAUUGGAUCUGAACUGAGCCUCGCUGCCUCAGGUUGCUUGUGUUCACAGUCUCCUCUUCCACAGCAGUUACAGUAAAUGUGUAGUGUGGGGGUGUUGUGUAAAAUAGGAACAGUGAAACUCGAGGCUUUUAUAAUACUGGUUUAUCCAAAUAUGGAAAGUGAAUGUGCUCAGUUCCAGGUCAUUAAAACUUGGGAAUGAACUGCUGAAAACUGUAUGUGGUGUUGUACUAUUUGGUCACAUUUUAAUUUGCUUUAUUAUACACGACAGUGUACUAUCAAGCCUUUUAUUAUGAAGCCCCUCAGUCAUGAUUACAAUGCAAAAGUAGUAUGAAAAUAAUACUUCUAAUAUUAAAUCCAGGAAAUGAAGAUCUGGGAAAGAAUGGGUUUGAUAUGAAAUGGAAAAUGUGUUGGAACACUGGAUUUAAAGCAUAUUUGAGGCCAGAAGUGUUUGUGUUUUGUCCAUUUUCUGUUGCACAUGAAGGCACAUUGAUUCAUCAUAAUGUGCUCUGGUCCUCUUCAGUCUACUUGAAACAUAUCUACUUUUGUAUUAGGGCUCAUUGUCUCUGAGCUCAGCUAUGGAACAUUGAACAUUAAACAAA